GGUCUUAGCAAAGAGGAACCAAAGUGUUUCACAAUUCUAUGACUUUUCCUAGAAGUGUCAAUUUUUGAAAGGAAAUUUUAUCAAAACAGAACGGAACACCCGGUCAGAAAUUUCUAGUUUUUCUUCGAAAUCAGAAAGAUAAAAUUUCUUCAAAAUGGCAGCAGUAGAAGAUCAACUUAUACAAGUAACAAAGCACAUUGAAAAACAAGUAGACGCAACAUUAGAGGCUUUAGAUAACUUAGAUGUCAAUGAUUUGGAGCAACUCAGAAAAUCCAGAAUUAACGAAUUGAAAAAACAAGAUGAAAAACGAAGGAUUUGGCUGAGUAAUGGUCAUGGGGAGUACGAGGAGCUAGCUGAAGAGAAAAUGUUUUUCGAUGUGAUCAAAAAGUCUGAGAAUGUAGUAGUACAUUUCUACCUACAGUCAAAUGAAAGAUGCAAAAUUGUAGACAAACACUUGAAAAUUUUGGCUCCAAAACAUAUUGAAACAAAAUUCUGCAAAAUAGAUGCUGAUAAAUGCCCUUUUUUAGCCAAUAAUUUGAAAAUAAAAACUAUUCCAAGCAUUGUACUGGUCCAUGAAAACAUUAUGGUGGAUAAAAUUGUGGGAUUCACCCAAUUGGGAAACAGAGAUGACUUCAGUACUGAAACAAUGGAAUGGAGGAUUGCCCAACAUGAAAUAAUCAAAUAUGAUGGCGAUUUGUCAACUCCUCCUUACCUUAGAGAAAAAAAAGGGUCUGUCAAUACUGGACGAAAAAUAAGAGAUAGCUCAAUCAAAUCAAAUGAUGACGACCUUGAUUUUGAGGAGUAUACUCUCACUCAGGAAGAAUAUGAAGCCUCUAAAAAAAUUAAUAGUGAACACUUAUCAACAGAAUUGACAGCUGAAGAAGCUGCUGAACUUGGUUUAGAAUAAAUUUUUCAAUAUCCACAGUUUGAUUGUUUAAUAUAUAAUAUUGCUAAUAUUUUUUAUAUUCAGUUUUUUAUGUGAAUCACCUUAUUCUUUGUUAAAAAACUAAGCUUUAAUUAAAAAAAUUUCUAACGUAA